GAUCUGGUGCUGUUGUCGGACUCACUUUGUCAUCUCGUUACGUCUUUCUGCAGCGAUAAGAAGCAGCGAGCUCCAUCCUCUCGUUCCUUCUUUCCCCGUGUUUGAGAGGUGUCUAGACUUUAGCACAGCCCAGAGCACCUGAGGAAGAACGAUGCAUUCACACCACUCACAUUCUGGGCAGUUCUGCAGCCACGCGGCAGAUCAGCUGUCCGACGUCUUGGACCAUGCUGCUCACCUCGGCUUUACCCACUUCCACCUGUCGGAGCAUUGUCCUCGUGCAUUAUCGGAGCAUCUGUAUCCAGAGGAGCGCGAAGCCGGACUGGAACCCGCUGAUCUCGAGAGCCGUUUCAUCGCUUAUCUGGCGCAAGCGCGCUCUUUGCAAGCUGUUUGGAAGGACAAAUUGCACAUCCUCGUUGGUUGCGAAACGGAGAAUUUGAAGGCUCCGGCAGAGAUGGGGAAUGACUCAAUCGACCAUUUGAUCAACUUUCUUGAGCGACUCAGUAUAAGGCAAGGCAAGCUGAAAGAAGGCACGCCAGCGGCGUGUGGUUUGGACGUCGUCGACUACCUCGUUGGCUCGUUGCAUCAUGUACGCGGCGUGCCCAUCGACUUUGAUUUGUCCACCUUUACAAGUGCUCUGCGCCUCUUUGAAGUGGACAAUCGGCAAAGUGCCCAGUACAACGAGGAGGAACGAAAAGAACGGGCACACGCACUGCUGAUACUGGAGUAUCUCGAUCGUCAACUUGAGCUCAUGCAGCGCUUACGUCCCGAAAUCAUCGGGCAUUUCGACCUCUUUCGACUUUACUACCCACAAUUUCCAGUACGACCCGAUACCUCGACCCCGCGCCCUCAUCUAGACGCGCUACUUGCAGACGUGUGGAAGCGAAUAGAGCGCAACGUCCGCUACGCGUGUGCCUACGGUGCUUUAUUUGAAGCCAACUCAGCGAGCCUGCGAAAAGGCUGGGACACUGCGUACCCAGGUCACGACGUCCUGCAAUACAUCGUGCAAAUGGGCGGCCGCGUAUGCUUGUCGGAUGACUCCCACGGCAUCUCGUACAUCGCGCUCAACUAUUUGCGCAUGCGCGAUUAUCUUGAGCGUGCCAAUGUCGACGAGAUUUGGUACCUUGAGAAGGACGAAAUCCAUGUGCUUGAAUGGGCCAAGCAGGCCAAGACAUUCCACAAUGCACCCCUGCGGUUCGCCCGCGGCACGAUCGCUAAGCGGCUAACCGACGCACAAUGGAAAGAACAUGUAUUCUGGAAGAAUCUCCAAACACUUUGA